UUGAUAUUUCAGAAAAAAAAAAAACGUAUAGAAUAUUGAAGAUUGAGUCGUAAACGACGGCGUAUAGUUGCCCUUGUUUACAUUGGAGCUUCGAGAUUCAAGUAACAAGCUCAACACCCUGGCCAUCUUGUAUGAGUUUUCAAUUGAAGACGGCUCACCAAUUGAUUUUAAAAAUGAGGAAACUGGCGAGACAAAUUCGAAAUUCCGAAGAUGAUAAGUUCUCUCUCCCCACCGUCGACGAUGCUCGUCCCAUGGAUAUCAACGAACAAGAGGAGUUGGUUCGUUCUCUUGAAAAAAUGCAAGCUCACCAAAGUCUACAAUGGAAGAGCGUGUUUGCAGCACUUCUCUUUUGUUACUCGGCGUUUCUUCUAUACUCAAUCUAUCAGCAGACCUUAUUUCCAUGGGAACUGCGGUACCAUGCUUACUUCAUGGAAGAUGUUGAUUCAUGGAUAAUAAUAACUGCAGAUUGGCUAGCUGUUUUGGCAUGCUCAAUGGCCAUUAUGGGUCUAUUCAAUAAUUCAAAGGAUCACAGAAAGUGGAUAUGGUACUCAUGCUCAAUUGGCCUUGUGCUUGCAAUUUUCUGGGUAUACUAUAUGCUGAGAAUGCCAAAAUUCCGUUGGGAUGUUAUCUGGCUUCCUCUCGGGCCCUUAUGUGGAGCUGGGGUAUGUCUCUAUGUUGAUAAUCUCCUUUCUGAGUCAUCAGAAGAAGUAAGAAAGCUCAGAAGCUAUAUGUAUGCAUUCAAAGCCGGCUAGAGGUAUCAGGCCAUUUUGGUUUUGGCAGAACUCUGUUCAAUUGUUUUUUCUCAUUUGGAUGUUUUUUUUCUCCAAAUCUGAGUCUCGAAAGAUGAUUUGGAAAACGAGAGAGGUUGUUUUGGAGAAUAGAAAGAAAGAAUGAUGAUGCCAAUGGUUGUAGUUUUGGACUUGGAAUCCUAUGUAAGUUCUUUUUUUUCUUAUCAUACUUGUGACUUCAUUAUAAUAUAUUUGUAUAAAUAUGAUACCUCAUAUAUUUUAACAA